AUGUAUAGCAGUAACCUGAUACGGGCUAACAGAGAAGAAGAUACGAUGUCAUCAACAAUUGCGUUAAAAUUUGUUGAUAACGAUAUGCUUCUAUUUUGGCGGAGAUCAAAUUCCGAGCCGUGUGAGCCUUUCACGACGCUCAGCGUACAAUGCAACACGUGCGUUUGCUCGGCGGACAAGACCUUGUACUGUACAAAAAUGUACUGUGGCAAAAUAGGUGAAGAACAAAACAAAGUCAGCGAAGAAAAUUAUUAA